UUAAUGUUGCUCACAAGACGCUGACGCUGAUAUAGCCUCGAAGGUUUUCUUUACAGCUUGUGAAUAUACAUUUAUAUUUAAGAACAAAUGGAUGUUCUUGCAGUCAGUUGACACAUGGUACGUACGUAUAACGUCAUAACCUUAGAAAGUUUGAAGAUUUUCGGCGCUAUUCCAAACUUCCGCAUGGUCAAGAAUGAAGGUUUCAAUGGUGCGAAACCCUGAGGUCAAGCAGAGAGAUGCAACUCGGGCAGUGGUUGUUGCAGUGUCAUCAGACGCAAUUUUUAACUCAGAAGCUGAGGAGGUCUAUGGAACAACCGAACCGUUAAGAAAAGGAGAUGCUUUCUCUUUCAUCAAGGCCGUCCAGGUAGUAAAUGAAAGACUACUGACCAUGAACUCCGAUGAGACGUUAUUGUUUGAUGUGAUUUUGAUGUCCAAUGACAGUGAAGAAAAACACUCUAAGAUCAUCGGCAGUGCCAAACAUUAUGGACUUGAUAUUGGUCGGUUUUACUUCUGCAAAAAGGAAGAAUCCAUUCAGAGCCUGGAAUCAAACAAUGUGAAAUUGUUCCUGUCAACAGAUACUAUUGAUGUAUGCAAGGCCUUACAGAAAGGUGUUUCAGCAGCCCUACUGUACCGUCACAAAGACCCAGAUGGUGAGACAGUAGAUCAGCUCAAAGUGGUGUUCUCAGGAGAUGUGAUUGGAUCUUCAGAGGAGACACUGGAUGGCUUAAGGGAACAGGGUUUCACUGAGAACCAGCUCCACGGCUUAAGAACGGCCAAGGAUUCUGUGAAAGAGUUUGCAGUGUUGAUUGGAGAGAUGCGCCGGAGGUUUGGGUUGGAGGGCAGCCCUCUGUGCACCAGCCUGUUGACCACGUGGAGCUCCAGGGACGUGUGUGCUCAGGCCCUGAAGACCCUACGAGGGUGGGGACUGUUGGUGGAUCAGGCCUUCUGCCUGGCCGGAGCUCCCCGUAGUCUCAUCCUCAACGUGGUGCGACCUCACGUACUCUGCCUCGACGGCCUGUGUUACAUGGAGGGGGUCGGCGUCAUGUCUUUAUGAAUGCAGACCAACGGGGAGAACAUUAAUGGAAUGUUUGGGUAUUUUCUGGACAAUAUUUCUAGUUACUUUUUUUUCUAUUGCAAGCUUUUUGCCUCCAUUUUCAUUUCAAACCCUGGCAUUUUUUAGAGUAUGUUAUCAUAUCAGUUUAUCACUGAACCAUCCUCUUAAGCAGAUGGUUCAGUGAUAUAAAUACAGCUUUGAUCUUAGUUACACAAUGGCUUCUCUCACCCAAAACAGCAGAAAUGUUAUGAACUCCAAGAGCUGAAGGACAAAAUGCAUUCUGAGUGUUCCUUAGCCUUUGCUGUGCUGAGCAUAGCCUAUGCUAAUGAUUAUUAGCCUAGUUCCAAUAUUUGAACCUGUAAAUUAGC